UCUCUCUCUCUCUCAUGGCUCCAUCUUUCAUCUUUCCGUCAAAUCUCCGCGACCUAGAAAAAGAUCACGGCGAAGAUCGAUUCGUUGUUCAAUCUCUUACCGAUGUAUCUUCCUUUCACACUUCACAGCUCGAGGAUUUCGUCAAAGAAGUGGCAUUUGAUUUAUCCAACAAGGAAUUGUUCUGCAUAGAGGAACAAGAGGUGUUUGAUAGAGUUUAUUCACUCGUUAGGGAUUUCCCUACACUCACUGCAUCUUGUAAGGUUAAUCUUGUUGAAGCCCUAAGGUCCAAUCUCAGUGUCCUCAUCCCAAGUAUCGAAUCUCUUUCAAGAGCUUCUAAUGAUGAUGACGACAACACUUCAAACAUUUCUGACCGGAUUGCUUCGCAUCGAAAUGCUUUUAAAAUAUAUACGUUUUCGCUUCUAUCCAUCGUUGUUGCCGAGGAGACUGCUAAUCAGUCUACAGACAACAUUUCCAAGGUAGGAGCAACAAACCGAAAGAAACAUAGUGUAAAGUCAUGGGAUUGGGAACCUCAGAGGGGACGGAUAUUGACAUUAAUAGCUAAUUCUCUUGAAAUCAAUCUGGGGUUACUCUUUGGAUCUUCUGGUCCUGAUGAAAAUUAUCUUUCUUAUGUUGUGAAAAAUGCAUUCUCUUUGUUUGAAAAAGCAGUACUCCUGAAGGACUCUGACACAAAAGAGGCACUGUGCCGGAUAAUAGGCAGCUGUUCCACUAAAUAUCAGUAUAAGGCACAGACAUGUGCUUCAGUGUUGCAUUUGAUCCACAAAUAUGAUUUCACUGUGGUCCACUUGGCUGAUGCUGUUGCAUCAAUGGAGAAAAAAUACGGAGAUGGCAGCUUAGCAAUCUCACUCAUAAGAGAGAUUGGACGGGCAAACUCAAAGGAUUAUGUGAGGGACACUGUUGGGGCGGAAAACAUUGGACGAUUUCUUGUUGAGCUUGCUGAUCGUCUACCCAAGCUAGUAUCUACAAAUGUUGGAGUUUUGAUUCCUCAUUUUGGUGGAGAAUCUUAUAAGAUAAGAAAUGCACUGGUUGGGGUACUGGGGAAGUUGGUCUCCAAGGCAUUUCAGGAUGUCGAGGGUGAUGUUAGUUCAAAGUCUGUUCGCUUGCGUAGCAAACAAGCCAUGUUGGAGAUCUUACUUGAACGGUGUCGAGAUGUGACUGCAUAUACUCGGAGUCGGGUACUUCAGGUGUGGGGUGAGCUAUGUGAAGAGCAUGCCGUCUCUAUUGGUUUAUGGAAUGAGGUUGCAGUGGUGGCUGCUGGGAGACUGGAGGAUAAGACUGCAGUGGUGAGGAAAUCUGCUUUGAAUUUACUCAUCGUGAUGUUGCAGCAUAACCCAUUUGGCCCACAACUCAGAAUUGCUUCUUUUGAAGCAACCUUGGAAAAGUACAAAGAUAGAUUAUCUGAUCAGGAAACGUCGGACCCUUCAGAGAGUGUCUUGGAUGGGAUACCAUCUGAUACCGAUACCUGUGAAGCAGGCAAUGAUACUGAUCAUAUAAACACUGAUAAGAUACCAGCAGAUCAGCAAGAUAGUGUAAGUGACAGCUGUUUACCUGAUGGUGGAAAGGUUGAUGAGCCUAAGGAUAGUUCCAUGCCAAAUAUAGGUAAUUUGGAACACAUCAGGGCCUUAGUUGCAUCUCUCAAGGCUGGCCUAACAUUCUCAAAGUGCAUAUCAGACACGAUGCCGACACUUACACAGCUGAUGGCUUCAUCUUCUGCCACCGAUGUUGAACACACCAUUCUCUUGCUUAUGAGGUGCAGACAGUUCCAAAUUGACGGAUCAGAGGCCUGUCUACGCAAGAUGAUGCCUCUGGUUUUUUCACAGGAUAAGUCAAUAUAUGAAGCUGUGGAAAGUGCAUUCAUCACCAUUUAUGUAAGAAAAAGCCCCGUGGAAACUGCUAAGAAUUUGUUGUCUCUUGCCGUCGAAUCAAGUAUUGGUGAUCUUGCAGCUCUGGAGUUUAUAGUUUCUGCCUUGGUGUCUAAGGGUGAAAUUUCGACGAGCACGAUAUCUUCCUUGUGGGAUUUCUUUAGCUUUAGUGUCAGCGCAGUCACAGCCGAGCAAAGCCGCGGAGCCCUAUCAGUUCUUUGCAUGGCAGCAAAAUCUUCUGCUGGUGUUCUUGGUUCUCGUCUGCAGGACAUUAUUGAUAUUGGUUUUGGUCGUUGGGCGAAAGAGGACCCUUUGCUCGCCAGAACGGCAUGUGUUGCCUUGCAAAGAUUAUCUAAAGAAGAUAAGGAAAAGCUGAUUGCUACAAGUGGCAGUAGAGUGUUUGGUAUUCUGGAAAGUUUGGUCACUGGGUUGGGGCUACCGCAAAACAUAUGGUAUGCUGCAGUAGAUAAAGCCAUUGCUGCUAUAUAUGCUAUUCAUCCAGCACCAGAAACAUUAGCUGCUCUGGUGGUGAAAAGAUCGUUUAGUGCAGUGUUUCAUUCUAAUGGAGACGAGUUGCCAAAUGGCACAAAUAUUCUUUCCACUGUGCAAGUAGACAAACUUGGUAGAUUUUUAUUUGUUGCAAGUCACGUAGCUUUAAAUCAGCUAGUUUACAUUGAAUCUUGUGUUUUAAAGAUUCGUAAACAAAAAACGAAGACAGAGAAGUCAAAUACUGAGACUCAGAAUGUCCAAGGUGAUGAGUCCUCAAAGGAGAAUAAUAUAAACUCUGAAUUAGGUCUUGCGGUUUCUGAAGAUGCAAUAAUUGAUGCACUCUCUGAAAGAGCAGAGAAAGAAAUUGUUUCAGUCCAUUGUGCUGAAAAGACCUUAAUUGGACACUGUGCACCUUUUCUCUCAAGUCUUUGUAGAAAUUAUGUUUUGAUGCAAAAGUAUCCAGAAUUGCAGGCUUCUGGAAUGCUGGCACUUUGUCGGUUUAUGAUUAUUGAUGCAGAUUUCUGUGAAGAGAAUCUUCAGCUUCUCUUCACAGUUGUGGAGGGCGCACCGUCAGAAACUGUUCGAUCUAACUGCACAAUUGCUCUGGGAGACUUGGCUGCUCGGUUCCCUAAUCUCUUAGAGCCAUGGACUGAGAAGAUGUAUGCUCGACUGCGAGAUCCAUCAAUCUCGGUUCGGAAAAAUGCAGUGUUGGUGCUUUCGCACUUGAUAUUGAAUGAUAUGAUGAAGGUGAAAGGUUAUAUAAAUGAAAUGGCUGUCUGUUUAGAAGAUGAAGAUGAGAGGAUUUCAAGUCUUGCAAAGCUUUUCUUUCAUGAAUUAUCUAAGAAAGGGAGCAAUCCAAUUUAUAAUUUACUUCCGGAUAUUCUUGGAAGACUAUCCAACCAAAAUCUGAAGAAAGAGGUUUUCUACAACAUUAUGCAGUUCUUAAUAGGCUCAAUUAAGAAGGACAAACAAAUGGAAUCUCUUGUGGAAAAGCUUUGCAACAGGUUUAGCGGAGUCACAGAUAAGAAACAGUGGGAAUAUAUUGCCUACUGCCUUUCACAGCUAACAUUCACCGAAAAGGGGAUGAAAAAACUUAUGGAAUCCUUUAAAAACUAUGAACAUGUUCUAUCUGAGGAUUCUGUUAUGGAAAGUUUCCGGAGCAUAAUCAGCAAGGGUAAAAAGUUCGCCAAGCCUGAGCUUAAAGCUUGUGUUGAGGAGUUUGAAGAGAAAUUGGAUAAGUAUCAUAUGGAGAAGAAGGAGCAAGAGCUAACUGCCAGAAAUGCCCUGAUGCAUCAACAAAAGUUAAAUAGUUUGGAAGAGCUUGUGGUAGGAAAGGAUCAAAAGGGACAAGAAGAUUCAGAUACCGAUGCUGCUGAAGCUGGUGAGGUGAUUGACCCUUCAAAUGAGUUGGAUGACGAAUUAGAAGGCUCAGAAGAGGUUGAAGAUCAGAUAGACGAAGCCACGGAAGAAGUUGAAGGUGAUAUUGAAGCUACAGAAGAAGUGGAAGAAGGCACCACAGAAGAAGAUGAAGGCGACGUAGUAGCUACAGAAGAAGUGGGGGCUACUACAAAAGCGGUAACGAAAGAAUUUGAAGGUGACUUAGAAGAAGUAGAAGAGGAAAGAGAUGAUGCCACAGAAGACACCUUGAGUGAGACAAAUAUGUCCACAGAAAUGGAUGAGGAUAGCGAAGAUGAAGAUGAAGAAGCUUAAGCACCAAAAAGUUCUUGCACAGGUAUAAUUCUCUCUCACGCUGUUGGUCUAUUAAACUUCACAUUGUUGGUCAGAUUUUUUUAUUUUAAAAAAGGGAAAGAAAACUUUUUCCCUGAAAGCAUUAAUUUGGUCAAAUCACAGGUUGACUUUUGGUUAAGCUGUUUCCUUUUUUCUUUUUAGCGCUGGUGUAUUGUAAUUACAGUUCUCAUUUUCCAGCAUUCCAUGUAAGAAAGGAAGUAAGGGAACUCGCUUUCUUCCGUGAUAGGUGUUUGUAUGGUGUUGUAAGUCUCGAUCAGUAUAUUUGUAAUGUGAAUUUUUCUGGAGUUCAGGUUAUGCACUUCUUUUUAAGCUAUUUCAGAAGCUUAAG